CUAAUCGGGUACUGAUUAUAAGAAAACGUUUUAGUUAGAAGUUAGCUGUGUUGAGUUUAUGAGCCUAAUUUCCAGGUGAAGCCCCUGUGAGCGCACUGGAUACAGUGACGUGGAAUAAGGGCGGGGCCUGUGCACAGGUGAGUGCCGCACAUUACAGGUGGGGAAAUGUGCGUCCUGAUAACCAAGUUAAAGUGUUCAGCGCCGUUAUUCGGGCUCUCACCUCUCCUCCGGCAUGGCCCCCAGCAGCGUGGGGAAAUGCGCGCUGUUGUUCUUCCUCGCUGUUGUUUUUGAUGUAUCUGGUUUGGUUGUACUUCUCGUCGGGAUUUUCGGCAACCUGAACUUGGACGGCCGCUUCUACGGGGAUUUCCUCGUCUACACGGGCUCGAUCAUUAUUUCACUCAGUUUGGUGUGGUGGGUUUUGUGGUACACGGGCAACGUCCAGCUGUACGAGGAGGACAGGCCGGGCUCUCUGGACAUCACUUUUACGCACUGGGCCAGAAAGCUGUCCGAGAGGCUCUCCAUAGGCGGCAUGAGAGCUCUGGAAGCCGGAGAGGGGAAGAAGAAGAGCGUGGGGAAUGGGAAGGAGAUAAACGGGACUCUGGGUGCUGUUUCGCCGUGUCGGAUUAUGUGGGAAAACAGCUGCAGCAGUGGAGCCAAGUCGGGUUACGACAACAGAGGCUUUGAUGAAGGGACCAAGUGCGCAUCUCCAGUUGACAAAAACGUGGAGAUGGGGGCGUUGAGGUGCUCAGACGUGGCUCUGCAGGCAGCGGAGACCAAGGCAGAGAGACUUCUCUGACAUGAGCUGGUGACAGGCAGCUUUCCUGGUGCUGAAGGGGAUGGUCCAUGCUGCUUUCCAAAAUCUCCAGCAGACUGAGAAAGUUGAGCUUCUGAACUAAAGUCACUUUUUUUAUUUUUUAAUGGGAAAGACUAUUUCUUAAUCAGGGGAAGCUCUGCAUCCGGUAAGCGGAUGGGCUGUGCACAGACGAAGAAAAGGUUUUUAACUUGUAAAUAGAACAUUUCUAUUUUUAUGUGCUGAUUUUCUGGCAGAUAUAACUCAUUUUUUUGGGAAUAAAGUUUACAUGUAAUUGGAUGUAUUUCAGUGUAUUUAAUUUCUGCAUACAGGUGACUGAACACAACGCCCAUGAGUUGCACAACUGACAGCUUUUCUUAUCUUCUCUUCCUUGUCUCGGUCCGACCUUUAUUGUUUAACAACUUUUAUAAGCCACACAUGAAACAGAUUUUUCUCUCAUGGUCACUUUUUAAAUAUUACUUUUUGAAGGGGGUACACAGCACUCUAGGUGUUCUCCCAGUAUUUUAUUCCAAAUCAUCAGAGCCAGAAGUACGAGGCCAGUAUUUCUAGCUAUUCCAUAUCCACCUGUGGGCCUUAGAUAAGGCCUGGAUCUGUGGAUGCUGGAAUGGAACAUGUUUAUGAAAUGAGGCCACAUCCAGCGACAGAGCUGCAAAAUCUCUUGUCAUCAUUAAGGAAACAUAUUUCUCCUCUGUCAGACGGUGUAAUGAGAAAAAAAUGUGGGACGUAGAUACAGAAAGGAAUGUGACCUGAGAAUUUAAACUCUUCCUUCUCAUCAGUCUCACCUCAGACUCACAGGCGGCACUGAGAAGAAGCAUUUCAUAUGAAUUUAUUUCACUCUGAACAUUUUUCAUGUCCUACAGAUAAACUGUUAAGGCUGUGAAUAAUUUCAAAGACUGUAAAAGAGAAGUCAGCUACUCCUAUCAUGGAUUAUAGAAACUUUCUUGGCCGCUGCCUGCUGUUUUUCUUCGUCGCCGUCCUCCUGGAUGCAGCAGGCCUUAUUCUCUUCUUCAUCGGGGUCUUCACUCCCCUCAGCUACUGGGAUUUCUUCGUCUUCUCAGGGCCCCUCUUAAUGUUCUUCAGCCUGGUGUUCUGGAUCUUCUGGUACAUCGGAAACCUGGAGGUGCCAAUGGAGGAGCUGCUAAAAUGAGGUUAAUGGCGUCUUCAUUUGCAGCACAAAGCAGUUUUCUACCAACUGGUGCAGGAAAUAAAACCCAAAGCUACAGCUACAUCUUCAUAUUUAAAGUUUUGGACAAUCAAGACACGUCGGGAAGAGAAGGAUUUCCCCAUAACAAAGCUGUAGGGUGAAAAUUCUCAGCUUCUGCUCGAUCUCAUGGGUGGAUGUUUGUAAAUUUCCACCCAAUUCACCACCCAAAAAUGUAAGACUUUACUCUGAAAGGGAGUUUACAAGAAAGUUGUUAAAUUAUAAAAUGACUAAAAAUGUGUUAAGACACAUGGCAAUAAAAAAACUGUACAUUAAAAUUAGUUAUAUUGUUUAUUAAUUAUUCAGUGCAAUUAAACCCUCUUUGUUGUCA